GGAGCUCAUCGACUCAUCAUCUUGUGCGCAUGCAUACGACGAUGGAGGGUGUGUUGUGGGAUUUGUCGGUCGUCGGAGAGGAUCUUGUCACGGAGCAAGGGUUGCCUCCGGGCUUCAGAUUCCACCCGACCGAUGAAGAGCUCGUCACCUUCUAUUUGGCUUCCAAGGUCUUCAACGGCGGCGGCCACUGCGCCAUUGAAAUUGCUGAGGUGGACCUCAAUAGAAGUGAGCCAUGGGAACUCCCAGAAGCGGCGAAGAUGGGGGAGAGAGAGUGGUACUUCUUCAGUUUAAGGGACAGGAAGUACCCAACCGGACUGAGAACUAACAGAGCCACCGGUGCCGGCUACUGGAAAGCCACCGGCAAGGACCGGGAGGUCCACAGCACCGCCACUGGUGCCCUCGUCGGCAUGAAGAAGACCCUCGUCUUCUACAAGGGCCGCGCCCCCCGCGGCGAGAAGACCAAAUGGGUCCUCCACGAGUACCGUCUCGACGGCCACUUCUCCUGCCGUCGUAUCACCAAGGAAGAAUGGGUGAUCUGCAGAAUACUUAACAAGGUAGCACCAGGAGAUCAAAAGAAGAGCCAGUUGCAGUACUACAUUACCUCCCCAAACCCUAAUCCCCUUCCCCCACUCCAUGAGAGAAUCCCCAGCAACUUCCUCCCAAACUUUGACUGUGGGUAUACCGAAGAAUCCAUUAAUAAUAAUUACGCUCUGUUUCCUCUUCCAAUGUCGACCUUUCAGUCCUCUCCUUCCCGGGAUCACAGUGCCCUCCUCAACUCAUCACAUCAGUUGAAUAUAAUCAUUCCACCACCGCAAGAGGAUGAUGGAAACUGGAUCGAUCACACGAACUGCUUCUAUGACAUGGCGCUUAACCACGAGCAUCCUGACCGCAUCUUCAUGGGGCCCAGUACUGCAGCAGGAGAAUCUGGACCCUUGAUUUCCUACUGAUCAAUCGUGCUUCUUAAUUUGUAUGUUAUCCUACUUCUUCUCCGUAUGUAUGAACUGAACUAAUGUUGGGGCACGUACGUUAAU